AUGCGGGCUCACCUAUACACUGCCUUCGUGGAUCUGACGGCGGCCUUCAACACGGCGAAUCGCAAAGGACUGUGGAGAAUCAAACAGAAGUUCGGCUGUCCCAUGCGAUCCACGCACAUGGUACAUCAGCUCCACGAUGGGAUGAGGGCGCGCCUCACAGACAGAGGCCCAAUCUACGAAGCAUUCGCAGUGACCGAUGGAGUGAAGCAAGACUGCGUACUCGCUGCCACCAUCUUCAUCCUCAUGUACAUUGUCAUGCUGAUGGAAGCCUACUGUGAUGAGCGCCCUGUCAGUUGCAUCGCCUACUCAACAGCAAGCGCAUGAAGGCCCUAAAGUGGCUAUCUACGGCCACACUCCACGACCUGCUCUUCACCAACGACUACAGACUCAAAACAACGACCUCUUCGCCGCUUUCUGCGCCCACUUCGGACUGAGCACAAAUAAGAACAAAACGGUGGUCAUGCGUCAACUGUCACCCAGUGUGCGACACAGUACAUCCUGAGUCAGUGUCCACGGAAAUCAAAUCAAGAACGUCCAUCCAGGAAGCACAUUUGUGGCAGUCCGCGCUUCCCUGCUCUCUGCCUCUUUGUCUAUCUGCGCUUCUGUCCGCCUCACGCUCCCUGUCGAUUCGUAGCUGUGACUGCGCGAGGCUUGUCACUAGCCGCGCAAGAGCUCGAAGCCAAUCAACGCUGUUCCUUCCUUGAUUGGCUGGCGGACGCUAACUGAGACAGAUUGAACGGCUCACUCACGCGCUGGGGGGAGGGCGGCUAAUAACCUCGACUGCGGACACGGACAAAACGACUUGCCUGGACAGACCGCUUGCGGCGACUACCUGCAGAGCCUUGUGUACGCACUUCCUCAACAGUAAAAGUUGUCCAACUCAAUCCAUCUUCACUGACUUCAUGUGGCAACAUCACACAUGUGAGAUACGAGCUAAGUAUCCAUUUGUGUGAAAACAGCGUUUGUUGUGCGGGAAGUCAGGUCGUGUGCGGCAAAUGCAGACCGGCUAGGACAGUGGACUAAUUCCUCAGAGAGGGAAGGGAGAAUGAAGUCGACUCCAGGGACUACGCCCCCACAGCACGUUGACGCAUAUUUCUCACAUUAAACUAUCUGGCAUGCAUUUAAACUAUUUCCGUAGGCUAAAAACCGUCAUUUGGAAGGCUGGCAACUGACGGGAUAACUCGGUCCUCUAUCUCAGGACAGAGGGUCAGGCUACAAUGCCUCCAUCCUAAUUUGGCCCCUAUCUCACUCCUAUUUAGUUAGAAUCUGAGACGCACCUUUAAUCCUUGUGCGUAAAUCCGGGUUAUCGUGCGCGAAUCAGGCGUAUGCGGCACGCGCAGGCAGGCAGGCUGUUUAGCAUUGUCAACCACUGCGCCUGAUCUCGCUCCCAGUAUUGGCUACUUUGUCUUGACAUCGGGCUCAAGUGGGUGAGGGAGGAGAGAGUGUGGUAGAUGCAGCGCUAGUCUACAAUCAUGACCUGUCUCACUAACAAAUCACCUUCCCUGCUCCCGCCACAUUCUGGGGCACACGGUGGCAACGUCGUCCACGACGGUCGAACUGACUAUUCAAACCCAGAACUGAAGCCUACAAUGCAGCCUCCUUUCAAGGGCGAGGCCUCUUGUAGCAGGGGCUGGGGCAGAUGCGAAUAAGUCGAAGGGCAGGCGGAUGGCAAUGAAAUGAAAUAUAUUUUGUUUACAUAUUUCCGACGGGUCGAUUCUCCUGGCCGAAAUUUUGGGGUACUGGGUUAACUGCCUCAGUGACGUCCUCAAUCGAUGAUUUACAAGUAUAGGCGAGGUCAUCAUAAGACCCUGUCAAAUGGAAAUUUCAAAGAAAGUCCCGCUUAACAGCGUACAACAUACCACUUUAUUUCAGAUGCUUUAAGAAAUUUCUUCUAUUGCACGCAACAGGCAAGUUAGCCUAGUUGGGAGGUAAUUAUCGAAACCUAGUUGUGAUUCUCCUUCGUAGAUUGUCGAUACUCUUGCAUCGUUCCAUUAUUUCAGAGCUAACUGCUCAGUUCCGACGAAGAGUACAGUUUCGCUGUUGAGAAGAACAAAGUAGGUGUCAUUUUUUGCGGGGGUGGGUGAGGAGCAGAAGUGUGUCUGAGUUUUGCAGUAAGCAGUACGUCUAUUUGUAAUGAAGAACGAAGCUCCCAUGCGCCUGUGCCGUUAUGAAUCUGUGGUCUGAGUAGCGAUGACAAAGGGCCUAAUGACUGGCAUGACGCUAGGGCGUCCGUUUACGCGUACCAUACGCGUGCCGGUACCUCAUUUCACAAAUCCGAACUUCACUUAAGUGCAAACGUAAAGCGCGCAUAUGUUCCAAACAGAAUUUUCGACCGGCAAAUCGACAUUAUUUAUUUCUAUCGUAUGAAUUUUAUAUGGAUAGUGUGUGACCUUUUGUCGAUAGUUAACGUGAAUGCGCGCGUGACCGAAAUGGCCAAUGUUUUGUCCAGGUGCUUUUGCCUGUGCUUGUAAAGCAACUUGAUGUAAGGAAGACCUGAGAUGUACUGAUCUACUGGCCAUCGCCGGACAAGCGUACAUGGUCCAAUAGGCCUAUGUGACGUCCGAAUGCUUGAAAACUGUAUGGAUAGUUGAGUCGGGUAUGACGGCUGUCGUUCGAGACUCCGGGAAUUCGUUAUCAAGUUGCACUAAGAUGAAUCGCACAUUUUCCAUCAGGCCCAAGUGUGAUUGAAAUGAGCGGUCACGGUGGGACAUGCCAGUCGAAGUCCGCAUCUGUCAACCAAAUGGUGAUGAGUUGGGGAUGAGGGGCUGACAUGGCGUGAAGACGUGCGUCUAAGGUGUGCCACCACACGCAUGUACGCCAGUAAUUAUGGGCUCACACGGACUCUGUGCUGUCCGAUAAGCGCAUUUGUAGCGCAGCCCGUUGUAGGGACAACACGCAUACACACACACACACGACGAAAAUGCAACCGUCGUUGUCGACCCUGUUCACCGUGUGCUCAACAACAGGGUGAGAGUAGGCACGGUGGCGUUCUUAUGCAUUAGUUUAUAAUGUUAUUGGGUGGCGCAGCAUCUGCCGCACUCUCUCAUCAUCGCCCACCUGUGUCCGGGGUCAGAACAGAAUCAAGAUUACUAGAAAUGGGAGAGGUUACAGGUGACUGGCACGGCAAAAACCUGCACCUAGGUGUGCCACUACACCCCCUGGUCCACAACAUACACUGAUCAAGAUUUUAUACCGCAAGGCAAACAGGGGGGAGCGACAAGGAUCCCAGUUGGAGCGACGCGAACGGGCAGCUGGACGUGCUACCACACCCCAAUGUUGACAUUAGUUAUGAAUGCGUACUUCUGAUAGAGUCUGGCGGACUCCGAUCUAGCCCCCGUGUUGGUCCAGCGCAUUUACCACGAGGUCCGUUUUAGGGGUACGAUACACAACCAUAAAUCUAGGCACAACACAUACAUAAUAUAGGACAUCUACAGUAGGUGGGCUAACUCAUGAAAUGUUCAUAGAAAUUCGAAAUGCGUUUUCGUUUCGAAAUGAUUAAUUAAGUAGGGUUGUAAAACGAAUCAUCAUACAGUAUAACUUUAUAAUAAUUAAGUUUUUUUCCGGAUGGCGGCUUUCGAGCUAAUCUCUUUUCAGCUGUAUGCAGAAACUACACCCUGUAAAUAUGACUACUUAUGUAACAUGCACGUUUCCCAUUGAUUUCCGGUGCUCUUAGAAAUUCAAUUAUAUUUCGUAAAAAGCAUGCAUAAAAAUAUUCAUUCCUUCAUUCUUUUGUUAGAAAACUACGUCUUCUUCCUAGUUAAUACUCGAAGGAACGGUAUCGUUCGGUUUUCGAAAACGUUUUUAAUUCUCGAGUAAUUUUGAAACCCGACCUGCCAUUACACGUGCAUUCAGGUUUUCCAAACUACAAGCCGCAUAUUUUCGCGUAUGGGAUAACCAUACAUUUCCCUACGGUGUAAGAAGGGGACCAUAUGGGCUUCAUAACGCUUAACAGUGGAUUUGAGCCAUAUUAUUAAUUUUAUAAGCCACAUUGGUAAAUGCAGAGACAUACCGUUUUAUGAACGCCCACUUCACAGUAUUAAAAAACUUUACAAUUAUAAACUAUUUUAAAACCGAAUUUCUCCAUUCCUUCGAGUAUAAAAUUGUAAGAAGACGUAGUUUUCUACCGAAUGGGCAAAAUAAUUAAUAUUUUUACGCAUGUUUUCCAUGAAAUAUAAUUGAAUUUUCAAGGACAUCGAAAAUCGGUGAGAAAAAUGCAUGACAUAUAAGUUGUCGUUUUUCACAGAGUGUAGUUUCUGCAUGCAGCCGAAAAGAAGUUCAUUCGAAAGCCGGCCUCCUGAGGCAACUGAAUUAUUAUAGAAUUAUGCUGCAGGAGGAUUAGUUUUACAACCCUACUUAAUUAAUCUUUUCGAAACGAAAACGCAUUUCGGAAUCUAGGUUGACAUUUCAUGCGUUAGCCCACCUACUGUACCUGUAACACCCUUCUUCACCCGCAACAAUCAUGGGAUUCACUCCGUCAACAUCGGCGUGGCGUUGAAUGUUAGCACGCAAGAAUAUCUACAUUGUACUUAGGGGGGCGGGUGGGGGUCAGGUCUUUUCGUGUAACCCGGUAGAUGAACUGGAGAGCACGUCAUGUGCGUCACUCGUAGACAAGCUGUUUAACUUUGUCAGCCACUGCGCCCGCGGUACCCCCCUGUUGCCUCGACUUUGUCUCGCCAUCAGAGCAAGGUAAGUAAGAGAAGACGGAGUGUGGUAGAUGCAGUGCAAGCUUGCCUCACUAUAAACUAAUUCUCGCGCAAAUAACAGGCGCUGCACCUGCUCUGUGUAGCAUGCGGUGCAUCUCGUCGUUUGUGUCGGUCGGACUGUCCUAUGCGGGUAAGGCGAGAUGCAGUGCUGGCGCCUGAACUGUGUUGUUUACUGAAGAUAUUCCUUGAGACUCAUAUGACAGAACAGGUCCACGCCUUGGCCGAAUGUACUGUAGCAGAAUGCAUAGAGGAGACGUAUGUGAUGGGUAUCACUUGGGCCUCGUGGCACGGGCUCGCCGGUCUAAGUGUGAUGGAUCCGCAAAUGACCGACCACGCCGUCGCAUGACUCAAAUAUACAGAAACAGUAAGGAUAGGAUAAGACUAUAUCUAUGGGGCUGUUAGUGGCGGUGAAGCUGGUGGUAGAGACGUUUUCGGGUGCAGUUGGUCGUGCUGACAUAGCAGUUGUGUAUGCCCAUGUGGGGUGUAGAGAUGUCCAGUUGGGGGUCCGCGUGAUGGUCGAAGUAGGUCGCUCACUUGCUAGCAGAUGUAUACCACGCCUGGAACCCAUUUAAUGGCAACCAAAUCUUGCAUGUGGCUUCCCGAAGCCACCCUCCGGUAAUCGCCUCGACCGGCGAGUCAAACCAGGUGAUGAUAUCCGUCUGAGCAUCUCAACGCACGGUAACUCGGCCCCACCGGCCGGAUGGACCACUGAUUCGACAUCUAGAGGAUGAGACUCCGUCUGCAACACCCUAGGGGUGACAAGGUAAGUGGUACCACAGGUAGGCGAACACUGCCCUGUUAGAUUGCUGUCUGUCUGCUUGUAUGUGUUUGUCUUUGCUGAAAGCUAGAUGCCAUUCUGUUGAAUUUCCUCUGUUGCUUUUGCCUUCCGCUGUCCUUGCCUGAUUGCCUUUUGUCUGCUUGUUUCUGUUUGCUCAUGCUGCACGCUAAAUGUCGUUCUUUUGAAUCUGUUCGCUCACCGCCUAUAUUUCAGCAACCUGUUCGUUUGGAGAACGACGGGAAAGCUCUGCCUCCCGUCUCCCUACCCUUGUCCCAUCCACCUUCCCCCUCCAAGUCCCAAGGCAAUGUCGUAGGCAGGCCCAAGCUAAUUUGGGUCGUCCUCCAACUAAAAAAAGAACGUGGCCCAUAGCGGAGUCCAGCAGCCGUCUGGGACAACUAAGCAGCCCUAUUUAGGGAGAGCACCGCUCACCCCCGCGAGGGGGAAGGGGCCAGAAGAGGUGCCCUAAACAAAUGCUGGGGAUCCACGUCGUCUGCAGGCUGACCGUGGCCUCGGACGCAAAACUCACGGUCGAGACAACCAAACAAGAAACAACAUACUCUAUCUCUCGAAUGGAAGAGAGUAUGCGCAUCCCAGGCUCUUAUUUAAAAGAAGACGAAGGCACGAUCACUGGGACGGUAGAUUUAUUGGCCUUAGCUUUCGAACUCGAACUGGAGUUCAUCAUCAGAGACUGCUAGAGUGCAGCAACGUGUGAAAAUUUAUGUCAUUGUUCCGUGCGGGGGGACUACGUCCGUGGUUAGGUUUGUGCCGCCUGGUCCACGAUGGUCCCCCGGCGUGGUGACGCCGUUUUUACUUCGCAACGAUGUGAGCUGCGCCACUUGGCUGAGUGGGCGGAGUGCGUGAUAACACGCAGGUUGGUAGGAUAGGUCCGCUCACUCUGGCAGCCUGGAAUGUUCGUUCCCUUUUAGACAGUCCAAAGGAAGAACCAACCGGAAAGUAGAAGUGAGCUAGCGACACGGGAACUGGCGCUCUACAAGGUGAACAUCACUGCACUCAGCGACACCCGGUUCCCCGAACGAGGCCAACUGGAGGAGGUGGGUGCCGGCUACACCUUCUGGAGCGGCCGUCCCAGGGCAGAGCGACGGGACGCGGGCAUCGCCUUCGCCAUCCGAAAUGACGUGGUGGGAAGACUGCCCUGUCUGCCAAAGGACGUCAACGAUCGCCUGGUGAGCCUCCGCCUGCCUCUUCGGGGAGGCAAAUUCGUCGUCAUCGUCAGCGUCUACGCCUCGCCGAUGCUCAGCCCUGAUGGUACAAGGGAUAAAUUCUAGGAAGACCCGCACGCCCUCCUGGCGUCUUUGCCGAAGGCAGAUAAGUUGAUUGUCCUUGGUGACUUCAAGUCCCGCGUCGGCACAGACCAUGAUGCUUGGGGAGGAGUGCUGGGUCCCAAUAGUCUGAACGACUCCAACGACAAUGGUCUGCUCUUAUUACGAACCUGCGCAGAACACCAGUUUGCCCUGAGCAUCACCUUCAUCCGCCUCCCGAUGCGAGGGGAGGCCACCUGGAUGCCCUCUCGGUUGCGACACUGACACCUGCUGGACUAUGUCCUCGUCCGGAGGCAAGACCAGCAGGACAUGUUGGUGGCAAAGGCGAUGCCGAGUGCCGACGGGUGGACCGACCAUCGUCUCGUCAUUUCCAAGAUGCGGAUUCGCCUACAGCAUCUCAGCCUGUUCGCCACCUCCAUUUCAACAAUGAGAUCUCGCAAUAGCUAGUCAGCCUUCCAUUCGCCGCUACCGCGUCCACCGAAGAGAAUGCCACCGUGAAGAACUGGUGGUGUCAACUACAAGACACAGUUCAGUCGACGGUACUGGCUGUACUCGGUCGCGCACAUCGCCAACACUAGGACUGUUUCCAUGACAGCGGCGUCACCAUCAACAACCUACCCGCCCAGAAGAACCGCCCGAAGAAGGCCUACGUCAGCCGCCCCACCGACGACAAUUAUGCAGCCUUCUACCGUAGUCACUGACUUGUGCAACAGCGGCUGCAGGAGAUAAAGGACGCUUGGACGGCUCGCAAGGCUGAGGAGAUCCAAGGUUACAUGGAUUGCAAUUAAUGGAGGAAUUUCUACACGAUAAAGGCUGUCUGCAGUCCGCAAACCAAAGCCACUGCUACUAUUAGCGCGACGGAAGCACCCUACUCAUCGAGAAGACACAAAUUCUACAGCAAUGGGCCGAGCACUUCAGAAACGUCCUCAACCGCCCUUCCACCAUCACCGAUGCUACCAUCGCCAGUCUACCUUAAGUGGAGACUAACGCCGACCUCAACCUCCCGCCCUCUCUCCAAGCAACCAUCAGGGCUGUACAACAGCUCUCCAGCGGGAAAGCGCCCCGAUUGGACGCAAUCCCCGCUGAGAUUCACAUGCACGGUGGACAUAAUUCAUGGAUUAUCUGAAGGCGCCAUUCCAAGAGACAUGGCGUCAAGGAGAAGUCUUGCAGGACUUCAAGGACGCCAAAAUCCUCCAUCUCAUUAAGCGGAAAGGUAACCACAAGCUUUGUGACAACCAUCAAGGCAUCUCAUUGCUAAACAUCACCGGGAAAAUCUUCGGGUGCAGUUUCCUCAACCACCUGAACCACCCCCCAGGAACAGGGUCUCCUGCCGGAAAGCCAUUGCGGCUUCCGCCAUCACCGUGAGACCACCGACAUGAUCUUCGCAGCCUGUCAAUUGCAAGGGAAGUGUCAGAAGAUGCAGACCCUCCUCUACUCUACCUUUGUGGAUCUGACGAAGGCCUUCGACAUGGUGAAUCGCGAGGGACUAUGGAAAAUUUUGCGGAAAUUCCGCUGUCCUGAGCGAUUCACUCAGAUGGUGCGCCAGCCCCACGAUGGCAUGGUUGCGCGAGUCACGGACAGUGAAGUUGUCGCAGAGUCAUUCGAAGUGACCAACGGAGUGAAGCAGGGAUGCGUCCUCGCGCCUACCCUUUUCAGUUUCAUGUUGUCUGCCAUGCUGAUGGACGUCUACCGUGACGAACGCCCGGGGAUCCGCAUCGCCUACCGGACGGACGGCCAAAUCCUCAACCACUGGCUGAUGCACUUCCAGUCGCGUGUAUCCACAACUUACGUCCAUGAACUUCUCUCCGCCGCUCUCAACGCCACCCUCCCAAGGGGAAACGUAACGGAGCAUAGACCUCUUCGACGCCUCGAUAACCUUGGCCUGGUCAUAAACACGGAGAAAACAGUGGUUACACACCAACCACCAACCGACACUGCCUACGUCGCACCCUAA